UUAGAUAAAAUGAGUGAUGUAUAUAGUGUAGGAGUAUUAUUAUGGGAAAUAUCGAGUGGUCGACCACCUUUUUAUACUGAGGGCAAGAAAUAUGACAUUGGUUUAAUUUAUGAAAUUUCAGAAGGUUUGAGAGAAAAACCCGUUCCUGAUACUUCAAUCACUUAUAUCAAGCUUUAUACCGAUUGUUGGGAUGGAGAGCCAGAUAAUCGUCCAACUAUAUGUGAAGUAGUUGAUCGACUGAAAGAUAUGAUAUUUCCAAAUGAUGAAAGCGAAACAACAAAAAUUGAUCAAACAAAUGAUGAUAAAUUAACUGUUACUAAUAUUGAUAAAACUUAUACUUCAUCUAUCGGGUUGAGUAAAAUGGAUACGAAUGAAAUACAUGAAAUAAUAGAACAAUUAGCGGAAGAUCAAAUAACGAAACAUGUUGAUGAAUUAUUUAAUCUUAUUUUCAAAGAGGUAAAUGAAGGAAAAUAAUUGAGAAUGACAAAGCAACAUAUUUUUGAUUAUUCUAAAAAUCAUAAUAUAGAUUUAAAGGACAUUUAUGAUUGGUUAUUACAUAAUCAGGAUAAUACAAACUAUACUUUUUUACUUGGAUAUUUUAAUUAUCGUGGGAUUGGAACAAUUAAACAUGAUUGGAAAGCAUUUAAUUUAUUUUUUAGUGCAUCAGAA